CCACCUUCAAACACCAGAAUCAACUGACAGAACGUUAAAUAGCUCAUACUGUAAUUGACUUGUGAGUUUAUCCUCUGAAAGUUCGUCGAGUCGCUUGUUGUUGUUUCUAAUACAAAAUGGGAGCCUGUAUGGCUUUGUGUUCUCUUGCGAGCUGUGCCUCGUGUUUGUGUGGCUCCGCUCCAUGUCUGCUCUGUGGCUGUUGUCCUUCUUCCUAUAACUCCACCGUCACUCGGCUGCUCUUCUCUUUCUUCCUUCUGCUGGGGACACUGGUGUCUGUAAUCAUGAUCUUGCCUGGCAUGGAGACGCAGCUCCGCAAGAUUCCUGGCUUUUGUCAAGGAGGAACCACAAUACCAGGGGUCGAGAACCAUGUCAAUUGCGAUGUGAUUGUAGGCUACAAAUCAGUGUACCGCAUGUGUUUUGCUAUGGCAUGCUUCUUUUUCCUUUUUUCUGCUAUCAUGAUUCGUGUAAAGAGCAGUAAAGACCCUCGUGCUGCUAUUCAGAAUGGGUUCUGGUUCUUCAAGUUUCUGAUACUUGUUGGCAUCACUGUCGGAGCCUUUUUCAUUCCGGAUGGAACAUUUCAUGAUGUUUGGUUCUACUUUGGUAUUGUGGGCUCCUUCAUGUUCAUCCUGAUCCAGCUCAUCCUCCUGAUCGACUUUGCCCACUCCUGGAAUGAGGUGUGGAUGAGGAAUGCUGAGGAAGGCAACAGCAAGUGUUGGUUCUCAGGUCUGUUGUUCUUCACUAUCCUGCAUUACGCCCUGGCCUUUGCUGCAAUCGUGCUGUUUUAUCUCUACUACACCAAACCUGACAACUGCACCGAACACAAGUUCUUCAUCAGCUUCAACCUUAUUCUCUGUGUCAUCAUAUCUGUGCUUUCCAUUCUGCCUAAAGUGCAGGAUGCCUCACCUCAGUCUGGUCUGCUUCAGUCCUCUAUUAUUACUAUGUACACUAUGUACGUCACCUGGUCCGCCAUGACCAACAAUCCUAACCGUGAAUGUAACCCUAGUUUGCUCAGCCUGGUGUCCAAUAUCAGCACAACUGAAGCAAUGCCCACAAGCUCCCCUGGAAUGGUGCAGUGGUGGGAUGCGCAAGGCAUUGUGGGACUGGUUAUCUUCCUCUUCUGCACCUUUUAUGCCAGCAUCCGUUCAUCCAGUAACGCUCAGGUGAACAGGCUGAUGCAGACGGAGGAGGGGAAGGGCACUGUGGGAGGAGAGGAGGUGGGGAAAGACGGACUGCGGCGUGUCGUGGAUAAUGAAGAGGACGGGGUCACAUACAACUAUUCCUUUUUCCACUUCCACCUCUUACUGGCCUCUCUCUACAUUAUGAUGACACUCACUAACUGGUACAAACCUGAUACAACCACUCAGGCCAUGCAGAGCACUAUGCCUGCAGUGUGGGUAAAGAUCAGCUCCAGCUGGCUGAGUCUGGGGCUCUACCUGUGGACGCUUGUGGCUCCUGUUAUUUUCCCCAAUCGAGACUUCAACUGAGCUUGAGUGGGGAUAACAUUUCAACUUCAGGGUUCAACUUCUUCAAUGCAUUGUACAGUAGACACUCUAUAAUAUACAAUUUAGCAAUGGGGAGAGAGGGCCGUGGGGGCUUAAACAGGGGGCCGUUUUCACUCCAUGUCCUCUGUAGAGCUCCUGAAACUUGUGCAUCCAGCAGAUAAGCCCAAUCCGACACACCCUUCACCAGUACAGCUCGCUACACCUCACUCCACCAUGAGGUCACACACUCUGACCGGGGUCUCCCGCACUGCCAUGAACAACAGACUGUGCUGUAAUAUUAAUCACUGAUCCAAAUUAAUAUAUUAUGGUGCUGCCAGUCCAUCAGAGGCACAUGUUAGCAUAUCUAGCUUGUUGUUUAACAGAAUACUUGCGUAAAAGGUACUUUAGUGUGGCAAUAGGUAAUUUAUUGUGGAGUAACACAUUUAAAUAGCACUUCUAUAUAAAUUAGCAGUUCAGGGCUGGGUACUAUGUUAAAAAUUGAUAUAUUUAAUGGGUAGAUGUUGUUUCUGAAAACAAAUUGUUAAUCCUUCAGCCUGUGACACUUAGUCAGAUUUUUUAAAAUUACUUUUUUGUUGUUUAUUUUAUUUUUUUGUUAUUAAUUUGUGCUAGAGUAAUUACAUAGGAACUUUGGGGACAAAAAUGUUCUAAAAGUGACCAUAAAUAUUAGUUUACCUUUUUUUAACACUGCUAAAAAUAUGUGAAAGCAAAAUAUGAAGUUGGCAAAUUUCAUAACUCUAAGUAUUGUAGGUGUGUCUGCCUCAAGUUAUUCGGUAUUGCCUGUGCUACGCUUGUGACAUUGGAAGAAAUUGAUUGUGAAGUAUGUACUGUAUAUAUAUAAAGUAUAUUUGAACUUUUCCCGAAGUAAUAGUUUAACACAAGCAUGAUGGUUCAUCUAUAGUCUAUUAUUAGGAGCAACAUGCAAGAUUAAUAAUACUUCAUGUGCCUUUCUACGAUAACUUCUUAUCAAAAGUGACCAGGUUUAUUUCAGACCUAUGAAAAAGUGCCUUUGCUGUUUUAUAACAUUUCAUUUUUCAUACCAUGGACAAUGUUGCUCAUUUCAUUAUUUCAGUAGAAGUACUAUUUCAGUGAUAUGGUGUUGUUCAAUCUGUGCUAAUGCUGUAUGUAUUUCAAU